AUGGAUCAGUCCAAUGGCGAUCGCAAGCACAGCCUCCAGCAGGCAACGCCCGGGGAGUGCUCCACGCUCAGCGCGGCAGAGAGUUGCGGCAAUAAGCGCAAGCUCUAUGCCAUAGAUGAGCACGAGGAGCAUUUCCCACCGACUGGGGUCGGAGCGAAGCCUGAGCCGGAGGCGGCAUAUGAUGCGGAUGUCGAGGAGCUGGAGCAGCCGUUGAGCGGCCCGCUGUCGCUGAGCAAAUUGGCCAGCGAGCGUGAGGUAAUCUACGAGCUGUUCCAGCCCUGGGCACUAAAGACCUACGGGGAUCAGGCAAAGACCAAGACGAUAACGUUGCGCAAGAAGGCGCGCAUCCUGAAAGCGCUCGAGGGCAAGGAGCACAGUCGUCCCGAUAGCUCCAAGUUUCGCUUCUGGGUGAAGACCAAGGGCUUUACGACCAACCGACCCGACGGCUUCGAGGAGGCGCCCGGCAGUCGCCGCCGCCUUGAACCCUUGUCCGCGACGGCUGUACUCUCGGAUAAUCCCGGUGCCGUUGAUCUGUUUGCUGCCUCGAAAAGCAAAGAUUUCGGCCGUCGCAUCUAUCGGAAGGUGGCCUGCGUCGAGGAGUUCUUCGACAUCAUCUUCAACGUGCACAUGGAGCUGGGCGGACGCAGCGGCAUGCACGCGGGUCAGAAACGCACCUAUCGCAUUAUAACCGAGACCUAUGCAUUUCUGCCCCGCGAGGCUGUCACGCGCUUCCUGACCAUCUGCCCGGAGUGCAAGAAGAACCUGCGACCCUCCUCGCCUUCGACUGGCUUUAAGGAGGAGCUAGCCGGCAACGAGAGCUCCUCGGAAGUGGAGACCUAUUUGAAUUAUUCAUCGCACACGGAAAGCUCCUUAGAGGCGGGCCCCACGGCCAAGCGGCGGCGCCACUCCAGCGCCGAUCUCAAGCCAACCGUCGCACCGCUGGCCGCCAGCUCGGUUGCCAGCAGCGCCAGUGCCACGCAGCUGGAUGCAAUUGCUCCACCAAGUCCCACUAUGCACGCUGAGGCGGCGGGCGAGGCGGCUGGCGAGGCGUCAACGGUGGACGUGCCCAAGAUACGAGUCAAGAGCCAGCUGCAGCGUCUGUUCAGUCCGCCAUCGGAGCCGGCGGCUCCACAGCCCCAACCAGUUCCCCCCACCACCACACAGCUGCCGGGCUUCGAUUUGCAGCUGCUCAAGUCGCGGGAUAAUCUGGUUCGCUAUUACGAUUUCAUGAGACGCUUCUAUGCCGGCGGCAGCGGUUCGCUGCUCGAUCAACCGGUUUUAGCUCCGCCCCUCUACGGCAGCAGCCUGCUGCAGAGCCUCAGCUAUCCAAUGAGCAGCACGGGCUGCAGCACAGUUGCCAAGACAGCGUCUGCUGCGACGGCCAGCAGCUCCUCCCCGUUGGGCUCGACUCCUUGUGCACGCUCACCGAUUGCCACGCCCGCCCCGUCCGCCCCGUCCUCGUCCGCUGCAGCAGCAGCACCCCAUACGCCCAUAAAUCUAACCAAAUCUUCUUUUUCCAGCUCCAAAAACGGCCAGCCCGCAUCCACCUCAACGCCCCUGGCUGCCGCACCGCUCAAGCUGGAGCUGCCCAGUCCGCCCAAGACGCUGCCCACGGAUCUGCGCAUACCGCAGCUGCUGCUGCGCGGCGCCACGGCGCCGUUGGAGCAGCUGCCGCAGCCGCUGCCACCGCUCGACUUGGAGCGCCUGAAGCCAAUUACGUCCACAUAUCUGCAGCUCACACGCAGCAUGGGAUUGAGCGACGAGGAUGCACUGCGCUUCGAUAAUCUGGAAACCAUACCAGCAACACCGGCCACGAGCACCGACACCAGCAGCCUAGUUGGUGUGGGCGGCGGCGUUGGUGGCGGUGGAGGCGGCGGCGGCGGCGGUGGAGGCAUUGCCGGCGCCGGCAGCGGACUGGUUGACAUUGCCAGCAGCCUGGGCGGAGGCGUGACCAGCGAGUCGGAGGCCUACGCGGGUCUCAUGAAGGAUGCGGACAAACUGAAGCUAAUGCUGCUCGCCUGGAAUUAUCAGAACUCGACGGCGGUGCGCAAUGGCACCGAGGGACCCGACCUUAGCGUUGUAGGUGGCCUCUGGGCACAGUAUCAGAACGCUUUGGCCCAAAAUGCCGCAGCAGUGGCGGCGGCUAGCAGCAAAAUGGACAGCUCGCUGUCGCCGGUGCCCAGACAGGAUACGCAUUCGCCAAUGGAGGCGCAGGAUGAGACAAACUCGUCGGGGCAGAAAGAGGAGGAUGAGGUUUCCGAAGAUGAUUCCGAUGACAAACUUGACGAGAAACUGGCCACCACACACGAUCCCGAGCGCCUCAAGGCCUUCAAUAUGUUCGUGCGUUUGUUUGUGGACGAGAACCUGGACCGCAUCAUACCCAUCUCCAAGCAGCCAAAGGAAAAGAUCCAAGCGAUCAUCGAUUCGUGCGCCCGACAAUUUCCCGAGUUCAGCGAUCGUUCCCGCAAACGCAUUCGCACCUAUCUCAAGUCGUGCCGUCGCAACAAGAAAACACGAGACGGCUGGGAGAAUACGACUCGACCGACGCCCGCUCACUUGACCUCCGUGCAGGCGGAGCAAAUCCUGGCCAUAGCCUGUGAGAACGAAUCGAUGAACGCGAAGCGUAUGCGCAUUGGCCUAGAGCCAAUUACCCAUGCGGUGCCGGCGCCGGGCAGCGUUGUUGCCGCUGCAGCUGCUGCAGCAGCUGUUGCCGGCACCAGCAGCACGUCCGCGAGCAAUGCCGCCACCGUCACCUGCACAGCAGCCGAUGCGGCUGGAUUGAGCAGCGUGGCAGCCGCAGCGCUACCAUUUGUGAGCGCUGUGGGCUUUGCACGCUCCACGCCCAACUCGGAGCACGCGGACGCAGCGUUCGGCGGGGCGGCCAACAUUGCCGGCGCUGGCAGUGCUGGCGGAAACAGCGCCAGCGGUGCAGCCGGCGGCGGCGGCGGCGGCACUGGUGGCAUGAGCUCGGCGCGCAGCUCACCGCUGGCACUCAGCUCGAAUGCCAGCGUCGGGGGCGCCAGUGUGACGGGCUUGGCGCUGGCCAACGGCGCUGGGGCAUCGAAUGGCGCCGGCCUGCCCUCCAGCAGUCCCUAUACCACGGACUUUAGCUCGCCAACGGCGGCCUCGCCUUUUGUGGCAGCUGCUGCGGCAGCGGCUGUGGCAGCCGGACGUGCGCCCAGCUAUCCCGGCUAUUUUCCGGGCGUCGCUGGCCUGGGUAAUGUUACGCCCACCGAUCUCUCCAUGAAACCAACGUCGCUGAGCGCUGGCAGCGGCCUCGCCGGCGGCAGCAGCAACAACAACAACAGCAACACAGUCAGCGCGCAGCUGAGUGCCGCCAAUCUGGCCACGCUGAGCAAUGCCAGCAACAACAAUGCGCUGGUCACCGCCACACAGCAGCUGCAGCAGCUACAGCAGCAACAGCAACAACAACAACAGCAGCAACAGCAGCAGCAGCAGCAACAACAGCAGCAGCAACAACAGCAACAACAGCAGCAGCAACAGCUGCUUGCCGCAUCCGGCGACGGCAACUGCUCCCGUGUGCCGCCCAUACUUCCACACAAGCUGAGCCCCAACGAGGUGACCGCCGCCCGGCAGGUCAUCUCGGCGUACAGGGAGAGCGCUGCUUUUCUGCUGCGCACCGCCGACCAGGUGGAGCAGCUGCUCGUCCAGCAGCAGUAGGCGUGGCAAGGGUAAGCGCUCGUGGUGUCGGUGGCGGUGGCGGGUAUUGGGGCACUCUUUCCAGACCCAAGCGACGCGUAGCGCGCGCGCGGGUUGUUCCUAUUUAAAUUUAAAUUUAAAUUGAAUUACACACAGCAAAAGCAGCAACAACAACAACAGCAAUAA